AUGCCACACGCAACGGCCUCCCCGGGCGGCGCGGAAGCCGAAGAUGCCGACUUCGACAAUGUUAUGCGACAGAUGAAUGGGCCCAUGGCGGAGGGCGGCAUGUCCUUUGAUUUCCUAUCUCGAGAACUGGACCCCGGCGAAAAGGCGGAUGACGCGAUAGAUUACGAGGAUUUUGAUGAUGACGAACUCCCGGAGGAAGAGGAACAUGACGCGCGUGCGACGGCGGAAAACGGCCUUGAUAUCCCACAGACGUCGGACGAUGCUCUUUUCGGCGGCGGAGGAGAUGAUUUAUUUGAAACCGCAGAAAAACACGAUCAGGCCCAACCCGAUGAACUUGAUGAUCUGUUUGGGGAAGCCCCUGUAUCACCACGCCAGGAACAAGUGGACGAGACCAGAGAUUUGUUUUUCGAGGAGGACGAACGUCCCGCGGUACCUGAGGGGGCAGAUGGCGUGCAACUGGACGAUGACCAGGAAUCGUUACCAGAUGAUGGCACACUACCUCCCAUUACGGACGAUAUGGAUCCCGCCUCCCUACGCGCAUGGAAGUUACAACAGGCUCUUUUUGCGAUGUCGAAUCUCGGCGGCCCUGAAAACCCUCCGGCCCCCCCUGAGAAUGUCGAAGAACUACUCCAUUCGUUAUUUCCCAUGUUCGAGCGAAACACCCUACCGCGCUUUCUCGAGUUGAUCCCGCAUAAAAGGGCAUAUUUUCUUGGCAAGCAGCCCUUGAAGCCACCCAAGUCUGUUUUACCAGGCAAAGUAAAUAUUGAACUGGCACAGGACCAGGAGAAACUAUUCAAGUCCGGAGGGCAAGCCUACAAACGCUCGUUGGAAGCCGAACAUUAUGGUAUCGUUCCGGUGGCUGAGGCGUCGCAAGAUGAGGAAGAAGAGGAGGAGGUUCGAGAUGACUUCGAAUUCGAUUAUGAGUCUGACGAACCCCUUCCUGGUGGUGUUACGGCAGAUGAUCUUCGUGUCGUCUGCGCUGACUGGGAUAUCAAAGACGACAUCUCCAUUAUGGAUGUCGACGAGCCUGCAGUUGAGGAGAAUGACGAGGACGAUUGGCUCUUUGAAACAGCUCGGCCAGCGAAGAAACGUAAACUCGGACGUGAUCCAAUGGAAAUUGUUUCUUUGUCGCAUAUCGACAUACCUCUCCUUGACGACCCGGAGCAAGCUAGCGCCCGCGCUGCGCAAAAGGUCACCUUGGAUCUAAACGACCCACAUAUCCUGCUUGAUGAGCGUGGCCCCGAUACUGUCGCCUCGAAACCUAGAGCGUCGGGUGCUCGUGGUAGAGAAGAUAUGGAUAUCAAUAUCACUCGUCGUCUCACGUCGAGAUACAACAUCUCCAAUGACCAGGCCUAUGACAUGCUGAAGCAGAACCAUCAGAACAAGGUUCGCAGUACUUUAGGUAACGUCACGCUAGAACACAGUAUGCCAGCAUUACGCUUGCAGUGGCCUUACUACAAGACUGAGCUGGCCAAGGCCGAAGCGAGAUCUUUCCAUCGCCCGGCGUUGUCUUUCCGACCUGGCCAGACAUGCUGGUUCAAGAAUCCAGCUCAUAUCAAACGCAAGCAUCAAAAGGGAAAAGACAUCCGCCAGCUUUACGACUCAACUAGAGCGCUUUCCAUGGCAGACAACUCCCACGUUCUCUUAGUCGAGUAUUCUGAGGAAGUACCGCUGGCUCUGUCCAACUUUGGAAUGUCAAACCGCAUUAUCAACUACUACAGGAGGAAAAACAUAGAAGAUCCUACUCGCCCGAAAGCCGAGAUUGGAGAAACAGCGGUGCUUCUGCCUCAGGACAAGAGUCCCUUCUCUAUAUUUGGACAUGUUGAUCCGGGAGAGAUCACGCCCGCUAUCUCGAACUCCAUGUAUCGUGCCCCACUAUUUCCACACCAAGCGAAAUCUUCAGAUUUCCUUAUUGUCCGCAGUAGCACCGGCUCAGGUGGCAGUGACUACUAUCUGCGCAAUAUUGACAACAUGUUUGUUGCGGGACAACAGUUUCCGUCUGUCGAUAUCCCUGGCCCGCACUCCCGGAAGGUCACCACGGUUGCAAAGAACCGGAUGAAGAUGCUUGUCUACCGUCUGUUGAAGAAGAGCCCUGACCUUCGGCUGUCCAUUAGCGACGUUACCGCGCAUAUACCUGGCACGAGUGACAUGCAGAAUCGUCAGAAGGUCAAAGAUUUUCUUCAGCACGAUAAAGACACGAAGUAUUGGGUGCCCUUAGAACCGGUGCCAGAGCAGGAUACCAUUCGAUCAUGGGUGCAACCUGAAGACGUCUGUCUGCUUGAGGCAAUGCAAGUGGGCCAGCAGCACUUGCAUGAUACUGGGUACGGCAAUGAUGCAGAGACGGGAGGUGACGAGGACAACGACGAAGAGUUGGAGAGUUUCGAGCAGCAGAUGGCGCCAUGGAAGGCUAGUCGCAAUUUCUUGCUAGCAUCACAAGGCAAAGCUAUGCUUACGCUACAUGGUGAGGGUGACCCGACUAGGCGUGGAGAAGGUUUCAGUUUCAUCAAGACGUCAAUGAAAGGAGGAUUCAAGGCUAUCGGUGAGAGCGUGGAAGAUAAACUGGACGCGCAACGCUUGAAGGAACUUGGUGGCCACAGCUACAACGUUGCACGACAACAGAAGUCCUAUGAAACGUCCAUUCGACGAAUUUGGGACGCCCAGAAAGCUAGCCUGUCCUCCACCAUCGAACACUCUGACGAUGAUGGCAUGACCGAGGAGGAGGAGGAGGAUUUCAACAAGCCCACCCCGAGAUCAGAGGCUCAGACCCCUGCCCCUGCUCGCCGUGAUGACGAGACGACCAGUCAGUUCAGUAAAGUGAGCCGCCUGAGUUUGUCAGAUCACAAGGGUAAAGUUCUGCGCAUCAUUCGCCAGGUUAAGGAUAAGGACGGGGUUCAUCAGAAAGAGACCGUGGUUUCGGAUCCUCGAGUAAUUCGCCACUAUUUGCAACAUCGCCAUCGGGUUGAGUCGCUGACCACAAAACUUGACUCUCUCAAACCAACUGGUGACCCUGAAGUGGAUUCCCGUAACAAGAAGCUGCUCGAACAAGAACUAAGUCGACUCAAUCGCAACAAAGAGCGCCGCUUCGCUCGCGAAAAGCAGAAAGGUGUUCUCCGCACUGCGGACUCACCUGCGGACGGCGGCCCAGGAUCUUCAAAGUCUGCUGGCACGCAGCGCAAGUGUGCUAACUGCGGCCAAGUCGGUCACAUCAAGACAAACAAAAAGCUUUGCCCUCUUCUAAACGGAACCAUGAAACCCGAAGACCGUGUCAGCGAUUCAGCGUUCGCUAUGGGAGCCCCGCCCGCUAUCUAG